GCCGGAGCCUCAUGAGAAAGCCUCCGUGGUGGCAGCUGGUGCAAGAAAUAGCUCACGUUCAUAGCGCCAGAGCACUAGAAGAAAUCGAUGAAGCUGUUCGCGUUCGUGAGGCGCGCUCGCCGGACAUCGGCCGCGGCGGCGAUGACAGCGGAGCCGGUUCCGGUGCCGGUGGCGCCUGUGUCCGCUGCGGAGAAGCGGCGGCGGAGGCCCUCGUCGGGAUCGUCGUCGUGGAAGCCGACGCUGGUCGCCAUCUCCGAGGACGCUGCGGUGGCCGCCGCCAAGGCCGAUGCCGGAAAGGCCAAGGGCAAGCCGAAAGGGAAGCCGGCGGCGGCCAAGGCCAAGGCGAGGGCGUCGCCUCGCGCGCUCCGGCCUGACUACGACGACUUCCGGCGCUUCGGGGCGCCCACGGUGCUGCCGGCGUUCACGCCCACAGCGUUCCUCUUCUGAGCGAGCUCAGGCGAGCUCGCUGUGGUGGUGUGCCGUGAUGGGAGCGGCAAGUGGCAACGUGGUGGUCUGACCACGAACCCUCUCUGUGUUUGUGUGCCCAAUAUGAGCUCCCAAAGCUGAUGCUUCUAUGAUUCCUUCUAGUGCUUGCUGGCAUCUCAUGUGAAUAUCUAUGUCUAUUGUUUCGGCUUCCAUCCAAGUUGCGUUGCGCCUCUCUUUAGAUCGGUUUUUUUUUUCGCAGUUCUUGUAAUCCCGCAUGAUUUGGUCGGCCUGGUUCCACAAAAGCAAUACUUGGAGCCAGUUUCGGAAAAUAGGAUAGCAGGACCGACGGAGAAAUCCAACUGUACUCUGCAACAUUCAGGUCAUUCAUCCCUGUGAUCGGAAAAAUACAGAGGGCAAAUAAAAUAAGCAAAUCAUGACAGAA